CCGCCGCCAUCAUCCGCCGCCGUGUGGGGAGCAGGUGCUGUCGGAAUCGCGAGCGGCGAGCGGCUCUGGGAGAGCGGACAGGCGCGUGCACGGAGCACUGAGACCCCUAGGUCCAGAGGCGGCGACCUGGACUUGACCCGACCCGGGCCCUAACACCGUCCCCGCCCCGCGGGGCUGACGCGCGCGCUCAGGGUGCCCCACGCGGCGGCGGCGCCGCCUGUUCACGUUUGCAGGUCUCCAGGGGAGCCCACCUGUGUGGCCAGCAUGGCCUCCGAAGACAUUGCUAAGCUGGCAGAGACGCUGGCCCAAACUCAGGUGGCCGGGGGACAGCUGAGUUUCAAGGGCAAGAGCCUCAAGCUCAAUACUGCGGAAGAUGCUAAAGACGUGAUUAAAGAGAUCGAAGAAUUUGAUGGCUUAGAGGCCCUGCGUCUAGAGGGCAACACGGUGGGUGUGGAAGCGGCCAAGGUCAUCGCCAAGGCCUUGGAGAAGAAAUCGGAGUUGAAGCGAUGCCACUGGAGCGACAUGUUCACGGGGAGGCUGAGGUCGGAGAUCCCGCCAGCUCUGAAAUCGCUCGGGGCGGGGCUCAUCACGGCCGGGGCCCAGCUGGUGGAGCUGGACCUGAGCGACAAUGCCUUCGGGCCUGACGGCGUGCACGGCUUUGAGGUCCUGCUCAAGAGCUCGGCUUGCUUCACCCUGCGAGAACUUAAGCUCAACAACUGCGGCAUGGGCAUCGGCGGAGGCAAGAUCCUGGCGGCAGCUCUGACCGAGUGUCACCACAAAUCCAGUGGCCAAGGCAAGCCGCUGGCCCUGAAGGUCUUCGUGGCUGGCAGGAACCGUCUGGAGAACGACGGAGCCACCGCCUUGGCGGAAGCUUUUGGGGUCAUCGGGACCCUGGAGGAGGUGCACAUGCCACAGAACGGGAUCAAUCACCCUGGUGUCCUGGCCCUGGCCCAGGCUUUCGCCAUCAACCCCCUGCUGCGUGUCAUCAACCUCAACGACAACACCUUCACUGAGAAGGGGGCGGUGGCCAUGGCCGAGACUCUGAAGACCUUGAGGCAGGUGGAGGUGAUCAACUUCGGGGACUGUCUGGUCCGCUCCAGGGGGGCCGUGGCUAUUGCAGAUGCAGUCCGAGGGGGCCUCCCCAAGCUGAAGGAGCUGAACUUGUCCUUCUGCGAAAUCAAGAGAGACGCUGCUCUGGCUGUGGCCAAGGCAGUGGAGGACAAGGCUGAGCUGGAGAAGCUGGACCUCAACGGCAACGCCCUGGGGGGAGAAGGCUGUGAGCAGCUUCAGGAGGUGCUGGAGAACUACAACAUGGCCAAGGUGCUGGCCUCACUGAGUGAUGACGAAGGUGAGGAUGAUGAGGAUGAAGACGAGGAAGGAGAGGAGGAGGAGGAGGAGGAGGAUGAAGAGGAAGAGGAGGAGGAAGACGAAGAUGAUGACGAGGAGGAGGAAGAAGAAGAGGAGGAGGAGGAGGAGGAAGAGGAACCACCACAGCAGCUAGGGCGAGGAGAAGCGGCCAGCACACCCUCAAGGAAGAUCCCGGACCUUAACAACGGGGAGCCAGCUCCAGUCCUGUGCUCCCCACCGCCCACAGAUGUCUCCACCUUCCUCGCCUUCCCCUCUCCAGAGAAGCUGCUGCGCCUGGGACCCAAGAGUUCCACAUUGAUAGCCCAACAGACCGACACGGCUGACCCAGAGAAGGUGGUCUCUGCCUUCCUGAAAGUGUCCUCUGUGUUCAAGGAGGAAGCCGCAGUGAGGGCCGCUGUGCAGGACGCAGUAGAUGCCUUAAUGAAGAAGGCCUUUGGUUCAUCCUCCUUCAACUCCCACGCCUUCCUCACCAGUCUCCUCAUCCACAUGGGCCUGCUCAAGAGUGAAGACAAGAUCAAGGCCAUUGCCAACCUGUAUGGCCCCCUGAUGGCGCUGAACCACAUGGUGCAGCAGGACUACUUCCCCAAGGCCCUGGCGCCCCUACUGCUGGCCUUCGUGACCAAGCCCAACAGCGCCCUGGAAGCCUGCUCCUUCGCCCGCCACAGCCUGCUGCAGACGCUGUACAAGGUGUAGCCAUGGAGCCAGCCUCUGCCACCCCUCCGCCUGGCCAGCGGCUCAAGGAAGGGGCCUGGACGGACUGAGCGGCAGCCCCGCCUUUUCCUCGGGCAGGACGAUGGCCAGAAGCAGGGAGGGCCUUUGUCUGUGUGUCUGCCCACCCCCCCUCCGUGUUGUGCUGUGAGGGUGCAGGAUGGUGUGGCUCCAGUCAGGCUUGGGUGUGCCGACUCCCCCGCCUCAGGGAAGCAGCCCCCAGCGGCAGGGUGAAGAGCGGCAAGCUGCUCUGCCAUUAAACUCACCACCAUCCAGGGGCGCUCUGCUCAUCUGUGCCUCUGCCCUAGUGGCUGCCCCUCCCACCUGGCCUGCCCAGCUCAGGGGCUCGUGUGCUCCCCCACCCCACUGUAACCCCACCCCCUGUGUUGUAGAGCUACCUGUGCUUCCCGCCCUGCACUGCCACCCUCCCCACUAGCCAUCCCUGCCCUGCCCUGUCCUGUCAUGGGGACCGGUGGGCGGCUGCGCCGGAGGAGCAGAGACUGUCCUGGGGGACAAGCACGGAGCUUGUCGGCCAAAGGCAGGGCCUGGGCCAUGUGUGUGUGUGUGGACAGGACAAGCAGCUGGGGCCGCCUGGCAUCUCGUUGGCUCCUGGUCCACUGGCCUCCCUGAUGCCACGGGCUGGAGAGCCACACUCCGCCCAAGCCUGGUCCUGCUCUUUAGUCUGAUGGGGCAGGGCCCCUGUUGCCUCUGGGGCAGGGAGGGGCUGGGACUGGACUGAGCGGAGGCUGCCCCGGGGCCUGCGCUUUCCCUCUUGCCCUUUUGGUGUCUGGGGCUGUUCCCGGGCAUAAAUAAAGUCGUGUGUGAGAGCAGCGGA